CCCGCGUAAAGCGUUAUUUUUUCGCCUUUGGCGUCCCUAGCGAUGGAGAAUUUUUUAAUCGCUACUUGAUUUACAGCAUCUGAUCUGUGAAUAAUGGGUGAGAAAUGCCAGUGGUGCUCCUUGAUGUGUGCCUUAUGUCGUAUUGGAUGUUAUCGGGUAUGAGUUUUUUAAAAUUUACCUUCCUUUUUGACGAUAAGGCUCAAAUGGAUUGUACCGCAGAUAAGAUCCUUAUCACAAGUCAAACUUUUUUUGCCACACUCGACGUGAUCAUGAAGGAUAAGGGAACAGUCCAAUGAUCAUGUAAAGCUUGAUGAAAGUUCUUAACAAAUCCGGUCACAGUCGAAGCAUUUAGAACGUCUCCAUUCAUAAUCAGAAAAGAGAUCAUAACCAUAAUUCCAGGUAAAGCAGACGUGAAUUUAAAGAGUAAGUUUAAGCUAAAACAGAUAAUAUACAUAAAGUUAUUCCUUGUGUAGGUGAAAAAUUAGGUUUCUACAGUGCAGUACCAAGAAGUCACAGCGUCAUAUUGACAACCAUCUAAAUGUAGUAGAACUAGUUUCUUAAAACUCUUUGGGUGGUAAUAAUGAGGUGGCCAUUUUAAUUUAAUUUGGGGUAUGCUGUUGCACCAGGUCCUCUGAGGGUGAAUUUUAACAAGUGACAUCACAGGUAGCCCAAGCUCGAAAUAUAAGCGUUGGCGAAUAUUGGCAUUGUUGCGUGUAACAUUCGAAACACAAGGAUUUGUCUGGGGAAAAAACUAUCAUUUCUGUGACCUAAAAAAAAAAAGGAUUUCAAUAAAAAAAGAGCUUACAUUACAUAAAACAAUGUGUGUUACGUUUCUCCUGUGUGGUUUAUGGGCUGACUUAUGGCUGUUUUAUGGGGCUGUAAACGGUGCAUAUAUUCUUAAUGGAAAGCUUAACAACGAAAUACUAUUGUAGUGUGGGCAAACACUCUGCUGUAAGGAGCCGGCAGCACCAAGACCGACGUAUCCAGUGAUUGCGAUUGGAUUGAGCCAAGCUGGCAAAUCAUUGCUUUGUGCUCUACUGAGUGCUGAAACUGUAACAGAUGAAUUGCAACCCACAGUUGGUAAGUCUUUAUGAUGUCAAUGAAGCCAGAAAGUGAAAAUUUAUUUUAUUUUUUUAUUGUUGCUUAUUUAAUUGCUCAUGCCAAAUCCCCUACAAAUGAACUCUUACCCUAAUAAGAUGUAGGCUAUAUUAGGCUUGUCACCACGAGAUACAUGAUUGUAUAAUGCAAGGUACCCAGUAACAUUCCAGGGCAAAAAAAAUGAAUUCCAGCUUCCCUUUUGGACAAACAAUUCUUGAAUUGCACUUGUUCAGAUCCACUGCUUGCUUGUCUUACUGUAAAUCUUCUAUUAAGCCCCCCUCUCAAAUAAACCCCCUCCCUCUAAUAAGCUCCCCCUUUUCAAGGGAAGAAAGUUUAUAAGCCCCCCUAGUAAACCCCCCUCCCCUCCCCUAAAUAUUCUUCACUAAUAAAUGGUAGACUGUAUUAAUCAAUCACGACUGUAAAACUUCAUUUGGACUGAUCUGGGAAGGUUUAUUUACCAACUAGAAGUUCGGAUUUGUUUUUGAUCCUCGGCUUCAUGACCUCCAACUUCUUGUACUUGAGCAUUUCUACUUUGUAUUCUAGUUUUUUAAUGGAGAACUGGUACCAUCGUCUUUUCUAAAUUAAAUAAGCCCCCCUGUCUCUAUUAAGCCCUCCCCCCCUCAAAUGGGUUUGAAAAUAAAUGUAAAUAAGCCCCCCGGGGGGCUUAAUAGAGAACUUACAGUAGUUAAUUUUAAGAUGGCUUGCCGGACCCUUGCCUAUCAGGCAAGUAACCUAAAAAGACUUACCAUACUUACUUAAGACCUGUAGACUGUAGAUAUUUAAAAAAGGUUUUGUGAAGUCCUACAGUUGUACAUACCCUACAUUUUUUCAGGUUUCUCUGUGAAAGCUGUCCAGCUGCCCACAGCUAUCCUUAAUGUAAAGGAACUUGGAGGUCAGUCUGAUAUACCUUCAUACAUGUAAACCUUUUGUUGUUCAUAUACAGUAGUGUAGAGAUUUUCUGUUGGUAUUUCCUUGAUUCUGAAUAAAAGCCAGUCAAUGGUGUUGCUUAGUAUAGUGUAUUGGGGUAAAAGCAAAGUGCAACAAAAAAAUAUAACAACACUCUUUCAAAUUCCAAGAACUGUAUAUGUGAAUAGGAAGAAAAAUGAUCAGUGAAAUUAAAUUGUCAGAAAACUGUUAUUUUUACUUUUCUAAUGAAUCUGUUUCUGUAUGAGUUUAGGUGGAGACAAUGUCAGAAAAUACUGGUCUCAUUACUUUGAAGGAGCACUUGGUGUGGUGAGGACAUUUUUUAUGUUACACUAGAGAUUUUUUUAAGGUCAUUUCUUUAACAUUGUCUCUUUUCUGUGGUUUUCUUUAUCUUGUGUGAAAAACCUUCAGAAAGAGCUGGUGUAACUACUGUAUUUAGAUCUUGUUUAUUGGCUGACAUUUUUGUUUCUUUGCGGUUCGAAAGCCUAUCAGUUUUCAUUUCACACUUUGUGCUAAAAAAAUGAUACUUCUCUGUUUAGGGUAGAUCAACAAUCAUGCUCUCAGUUAAUAUUAUUCAAAUUAUGUUUCACUCUUUACAGUCCAUGUAUUGACAGACAUCUUUCUUGGGAGUUGUAAAAGUGAGAUCACCACAGUGACCUCUAUAAAUAACUUUACAGACACCUCCCUUAUAGGAGAAUCUUUGUUUACAUUUUCUGCCUCAUUAACAUAUGCUCAUCAUUAUCUGAUGAAGCUAAUAAAAUAAAAACCCCUGAAUAUUGAAAGAGCAUAACAAUUUCAGUUAUCUCUGAAAAUCUGAGCCCUAUAUACCCAAUUGUUUCGGAGAAAUUCUCUUUUAAAAACUCAAAAUUGUACAAAAAAUAUAUGGCUCAUAAAUUUUUUGCCACCCAGCAAUUACACAGUUUUAGAUGGCUGAUAUUUCCUUCAAUAUUGCUUUUAAUAAGCUGAAAAUUGCACAAAUUGUUUAAGUUAAUAAGCUUUUUCAACGUUUGCAUUAAGUUCAUAUAUAUGGCCACGGCUUCUGUGAGUUAAGUCGUAUGCCAAUGAGGAAAACUGUAAACAAGGACGUCAACAAAGAUUCGCCUAUAUGGAGUCUUGCUAUGAGGUUAAGCUGUAUGUUAUUAAGAGUAAUUUUUUAUUGCAGUUUUAACAGCUUUUUCCUGUGUUAGGUGUUUGUUGUGGACAGUAGUAGUAAUGAUGAUGAUGUGGACUUGGCAGCAGCUGAGCUCAAAGAAGCUCUCUCCCACCCCUCCCUAGAAACCCUUCCACUUUUAGUAUUGGCAAACAAACAAGAUGUACAGGGAGCACGUAGCGCAGAUGAGGUCAGUAAUAAGUCUUUUUCAAGUUUAACUUCAAAAUGCAUUAAAUGCAUUUUGCUCCAAAGGGUUUUCUUGUUAACCCCUCUCUCCUCAAAAACCAACACUUCCAAAUUCAAAUAGCGCGUUUUCACUCUUGUGGCCAGCAUCUGUGCAAAUUUGAUGGAACAAAAGAAAGCGUUUACAUAAACUGAAAAGUUCAACUCUGGAGCACCAAUAUGGCCGCUGUUUCGUUGUUUUGGAACGCCAAUAUAGCGGCCACGACGUCAUGUGAAAACGCUGUAUUCGAUCUGGAACGUACAGACUCGAUUAAACGAGUUCUUAAGAAGUCCCAAGUGCUCCAAGGGUUAUGAACAAGUGAAAAAGGAUUACAAGAAAUGUGAAUAGUUAUUUCUCAAUCCAUAGCUAUCAAGAAUGAUGGGCCUGGAUGUGAUAGCUCGUAACAGGGAGUGGCAUAUACAGCCCUGCUCCAAAAACGACGUGGAGGCUGCUCGACAGGGGCUCGGCAAACUGGUGACGUUCAUGUGUCCCGAGAAACAAGCUGUAGAAGAGAAUCGGAUAUGAACUGUUGUUCAAACAGCUACGCGCAGUUGUAUUACAAGUCAUGUUUAACAUGCCCAUAUAUGUGCAGUUGCUUAGGAAACUUUUGAUCUGUAGUCUUCUAGAGUGUGUCACAGAUCGGAGUGGCAUAAGGUAAUACAGUCGACUUUUAACGUCCGUGAACUCGGGAUAGGUAUCCUCCGCGAAGGUUCUUAAUAACUGACACUAAAGAGUUUUGGCAUUGAUGACGGGAAGGAGUUCUCGUACGAGCUUCAACUGAGUGCGAAAUUUGAAAAUGCACGCGUGGUCAUUGACGCUUUUAUAAUUCUAAUUGAUGCCAAAGCUCCCUUCUCUUCAGUCCAUUAAAACGCGUAAAAGGAACUUCUUUAUUAAGUCCAAAAUUGAAGAAUAACGCUCUAUAAUUUAUUGGACAGACGAUAAAGUACAGUCGUGAGAAGACUUCUUUUCCUCGCUUUUGAUAGUUACUAACGAACAGCGGAACAAACUAACGUCUGUCUAAAACGACAAAUGAUUUUGUCAAUGCAAUAACUUAUGUGAAAGUUUUUAACAGGGGUUCAGAUCUUGCGAUUAAGCUUUCACGAUUAAUAAGUGGCCGGGUAUUCCGAACUUUAGCCGCAAUCAAGUCAACUAAAGGAUGGGCCUCGAAAACCACGCAUAGCCUAAACCAUCGGCAGUUUGUUCAUAGUAACCCUGGGGAUUCUGAUGACAAAAGUUUUAAAGGGAGUAAAACGACAUUUCCCUAACAGCGUGCGAACAGCGUUCUUCAAUAAAGCAAGCAUCUUACCGACAGUUCUGUUUUCUAUAGUUUUUUUUUUCCCGCAUCUUGUGCUGUAUCCAAUUCUAGAGUGUUUGAAAUAGUCCUGUGACCCAGCAAAAGGAGC